AGUUCUCCAGCUCUAAUGGUUGGAGAUUCUACUGAGAUAACAGAAAUGCUAUCACCGAGCCAACACCAACGAUGGCGAGGUCUUGUGUUAGAUAUACAAUCGAGAGAAGCUCAUGGCGAUUUCUUGAGAGCAAAUGGUUCCUUAAUUCAUAGCCCUGUUUCCAAAAGGUUCAAGUUUUCUCCAAUGUCAAGCCCUAGAAUUGGGAGACGUGUUGGCUCAAUGAGUCCUUCCUCGUCAAGAAACAGAACGAAUCUCCUAAACUUUAAAAACAGGAACCACAAUGCAGAUAUUGAGGAAGGUGUUUUGUCUCCUUCAGGAGAUGGUACGGAUAAAUCUUAUAUUCCAAGAACAUGGUCUCUCACUAAUCUCUUAGCUCCUAGAAAAUAUAAGAAGACAGAGUCUUUACCGGUAACCCCUAUAACUCACUCAAACCCUGAGUCCAUGAACGGGAGGUAUGCGGUUGAGGUUGAUCCGGUUACAUCCAUGAAAGGGGAGCGUUUACUGCCUAUUCGCCGUUCACGCUCUGUCCCUACAUUCUUCAACAAAGAUGGAAGUGUAAAGCAGUCGGGUGUUUUCCGCGUGAUUCCUACUCCGUCUCGUGGGGAUGAGAAGAGUCUAGAGAUGAUGCAGGCAUCGAAAAUGAGUAAAAUCCACGAUGAAAUUGAUGAUGGCGGAGAAGAUGUUCCUGAAGAAGAAGCUGUGUGUAGAAUCUGUAUGGUUGAAAUGGAAGAAGAUGAAGAAGCUUUUAAGAUGGAAUGUAUGUGCAAAGGGGAAUUAGCUCUUGCCCACAAAACGUGCACGAUCAAGUGGUUUACAAUUAAAGGGAACAUAACAUGUGAUGUGUGUAAGCAAGAGGUGAAAAAUCUCCCGGUGACCCUUCUCCGUGUGCAGGAUUCUCAAGACCGUUCAAGAGCAGCCAGGGAUAUCGAGAUUUCACGGUUCAAUAAUGAAUGGCAAGAUGUUCCAAUUCUUGUCAUUGUAAGCAUGCUUGCAUACUUCUGUUUCCUUGAGCAGCUUCUGAUUAUAGACAUGAAAUCUAGCGCCGUUGCAAUAGCUUUACCAUUCUCUUGCAUUAUCGGUCUUCUUGCAUCAAUGAUAUCAACAACAAUGGUGAAGAAGAACUAUGUGUGGAUCUACGCAACCAUUCAGUUCGGUUUUGUGGUUCUUUUCGCUCAUCUUUUCUACACAGUUGUAAGAUUUGAUGUUAAGCAGCCGGUAAUGUGCAUUGUCUUAGCCACUAUGAUCGGAUUUGGACUCACCAUGACCGGCACAACAGCUAUUAACGAGUAUUUGAAAUGGAGGAGAAGCAAUUCCCACCAGCCAGAAGAGCCAGCAAGCACUCAGGUGGUUUGACAGCAGCGUAGAUCUUGAGUGAAGCUAGAGUCCCUAAAGGGUUGGAUCGGUUUUUGAUUAACCGGUCCGGAUUCGGUUUAGCUUUAAUCGAUUUGUCUAUGUUGAGAGAUGUGAGAGCAGAUUUGGUUAUUUGGUCUUGUAGAAAAAGAAGCAAAACAAAAUUGUAGGCUUAAU